UUUCCUCAAGACACAAUGCAGCGUCUAGUGCUUAUUUUUGGAAUAAUACUACUAGCUGCCCUGGCAAAUGUAUCGCUCUCAUCAAAUACCCAUUAUCACCGCUAUAUGCUGAGCGAUUACAAGGCGCAGCACAAUCCGAAGACUCAGAUGGACUACAAACGACGUCGAGCGCGGACUGGGGACACAACCGAUCAGCCGGAAGAACUUCCACCUCCACAAGAUCAAAAUGUGACCUUCGGGGACUCCAGGGAACCCUUUGUUAUCUUGACCAAGUCCAAAGAGAAGGUGUCGCUGCACGAGCUGAUGGUCCGGAUAUACAAACAAAGCAAGUACAUCUGCAUGGGAACCAUUAUAUCCCCGAAACUAGUGGUGACCGCGGACACUUGCUUUGAUGAGAAGGACGGCGACACGGUGCACAUGAAGAUGCACGACAACGAAAUAAUCGAGGGGAAGAAGAUACCGCUGAACGAGACCUUUCUGAAGGGAGCAGAUCCCCUUUUGGUCGCCAUUCAAGUGGACAAGCUGCCCAAAAACUCGAGUGUAGUCGGGGAUACAGUGAAGCUCUGCGACUCCGAACUGGAGAACUACAGUCCCGUCGAGGUGCCACUCUGGAUAAGGAAGCGCCACAGCAUCCACUCGCAGACGUCCUUCAUCCUCCCGCUGCAGGAGUGCCGUCACCGCAUGAACGAUCGCCAGGGUCUGGUGGCCAUCGACACGAUGUUCUGCGUGCGGAACCCGAAGUACACGGUCCAAUGCCAGCUGGCCAUCGGGAAUCCCCUGAUCCACGACGGGGAGAUCUGCGGCAUCAACGUGGCUGGCCACAACUGCCCCGUCUUUACGGGGGUCGACCUCUACAUCAAGAUCUACGACGCCCUCGAGUUCUCGAUUGUUGGCAUGGAACUCAUCAAGAACUCCCGCAUCGAGGACACAAUACUGUAACCCUUAAAUAAAUAAUAUCAAUGAUUUACUUCAUUAGAUUGUUUGGUAGUGUCGUAAGCCAUAAGUAAGCACCAUAAAUAACUGAUUACCCAGAAAGCCAUUAAUAAUUUCAUUUGACAAGAGGCGAGUUAAGUAGCAGUUAAUUUUAGACUUCUAAAGUCAAUACUACCAUGUUGAAACUUGGGAUUGUUUUGCUUUUGGCCUUGCUGUGCUCAGCCCACAAGGGUGAAUCCGGAUCUUCUGGUCCAAAACAUCACAAGUUGAGCUUUACUUCCUUAGCAAGGAUGAAGAUGGAGAUUUUGUUACUGGCCCUGUUGGGUUUAAGCCACGUUAAGUUCUCAGUGGGAGAAGGCAGUUGGGUCCUCCUCCAGCCGUCGCUGGACGAUUACGUCGUUCGCGUGAUGAUUAAGGACAAGAUGUACUGCAGCGGACUGAUCGUUAAUAGGCGGCAGGUCCUCACCUCCAACAUUUGCUAUUCUAGAUGGGGUACGAAGGACCACAAAGUAGUCCUUUCCGAUGGCUCCACGUAUAGCGUCGAGGGCAUAACUUAUUCCAAGAACUACACAGCAAAUAGUAAAAGGUAUACUAAGCUGAUUCUGCUCCAAUUGGAAACUGCAUUGGAGGAGCCGUUUUCCUGGGAGCCGCCCUUUUGCAAUGAAAUCCCUGGCCCCUCCGAAAUUCUUGAUUUCUGGAGGUGGGACCCGAGUGGCAGAAAACUGGAGAAGAAGCCCACUCCGCAGACGCCAACUAAGGAUUGCGAGCGGGAGGAGCCCAAUCCCAAUCCCGAUUUUUUCAAAGAUAACGAUUUCGUCUGCCUGAAGAACCAGGGCUGGUCCGUGGAAUGUGUGCCCACCUUCGGAAGCCCCUUGGUUUGGCGGAACAGUUUCUGUGGCAUGCACACCUGGCACUUCUGCGGUUCACCAACAAUCAACUAUUCAGAUGUAUUUAUUCGACUGCUCAAGGUUGAUUCGGUUCCUAAAGCAGACGCAAAAAUAGAAUGAUUAACUAUCUAUUUAUAGGGAGCGUAGAAUGUAAUCUCUUAUGAAUCUUAUUAAACAAAAGCUCCUAUGACAA